GUUUGGAAAACUUAAGAAAGAGAUGAUAAAAUCAGAAAGAGAUGAUGAUAAAAUCAGUUCAGAACUGAGCCCAAUGGCUCAGCCAAAAUCACUAAGUAGCAACCAAUAGGCUUAUUAUACUAUUUCAAUUAAGAACCAAUUGGUCUAAGAAAACCAUACAACCAGUUAUUGAGGAUAUAAUACAUACUAUGGGUACACACUGACUGUAGUUGAAUGUAGAACUUGAGGUUGAACAUAGAAAAAGUUAAAAAUGAAUCUCCGGAUGUGAUUAAUCUCCAUAGUAACAUAAGGUGAAGCCGUGCUCUCCAAAAUGGCUAGCGAGACAUUGGCAGAGCUCAUAAGGGGAGACUACCUGAAAUGUAAAGUCUGCAAUAGCAAGUUCAACAAGCCAAUACUACUACCCUGCCUACAUACUGUAUGUAAAGCAUGCAUAGGGUCAUAUACACAGAGAGAAACUGGUACAAGUGAGGCAAAUUCAAACAUAGAGAAAACUCCUACCGAUAAUGACUCCAUAUCUGAUGAGGCACAUGUGAUCGAAUGCCCAAUAUGUGCCACAGAAAUAGAAACAGACAAAACUGGUGACAUUCUCAAAUUGGACAACCCAUUUAUGACAAACCUAUUAGAUUUAGCAUGGUGCAAUGAGCCAAAUGAUAAAGAAUGUGACUACUGCGCAUAUGAAAACGCAACAUCAACUGCGACUCAUCGAUGUUUAGAUUGUCGUGAUAGCAUGUGUGACGAUUGUACAGGAGCACAUAAGCGUACAAAACUAACACGCAGACACAAGGUUGCUCCCUAUGAACAGAUCUAUGAAAGCCGCUAUGACUUUGAUAUUCGUGAUUUACAACACUUAAACUGCAGUACCCAUCCAAAGGAACUAAUCAUACUUUUCUGUAAAAGAUGUGAACGUUUGGUGUGUCAGAAAUGUCAGGUUAAAGACCAUAACCAGCAUGAGCUUCAUUCAAUCCCAGACAUCAUCCCCCACUAUCAGGAGCAUGCAAGGACUCUUCUGCAGAGAUUACAAGAGAAGAUGCCAACCAUACAAGACUACACAAAGUUUUUACAAGAUUACAAUGCAAACCUUCAACAACUGAAAGAACAGGUGAUUGACAAAGUUGAGACCCAAGCAGAGUUACUUCACCAACUCAUUGAUGAUGAAAAACGUGACAUGAUUGGUGACAUUAAAGAGAUGUGCACUGAAGAGCAACUUCAAGUCAUGAGCAAAGCUGAGGCUUUGGAGAAAAAUAUGAAGGCAAUGAAAGACAGUGAGGAUGUUGUGGAGAAGAUCUUCCAACAUGGAAGACAUGAUGAAUUACUUGCUGUCCACAAAUGGAUGACAAAUCGACUUUCUCAGUUGAUAUACCAGCAGCUUGAUGGAAUAAGCAAGAAGAUAAAUCUGUUUUUCAAAGAAGGCUCUGCCACAAAGCUGAACAUUAAGAUUAUGUUUGGAAGUAUCGAAAAAUUUGAUAUACCAAUGGGAAAAGUUGCCUCAUUGGGCUCUCCGCGAACUGGAUUAGCAUCGCUGAUGACAAGUGUGCUGCCAUCUAUAGCCCCUGAGCCAGAACUUGUCCUUGAAUUUGAAGCAAGAAGCUUGAAUGACACUAAAGAUAUCUGGCCAACAGGUCUAGCAAUAUCCCGUAAAAAUGAAUUCAUUAUUUUGGAUCAUAAAAACAAAACAGUUAAACUAUUUGACGAUAAAGGAAAGUUUAAGUUUGAAUUUGGCACUUCAGAAAAACAUCCAUUCAAAGAACCAUAUGAUGUCACAAUCUUAUAUAACGACAAUAUUGCAGUGACGGACUAUGAAUGUGAAGAUGUGAAGAUCUUCACAGCCACAGGUGCCCACGUUAAAACUAUAGAUGGCGUAUUCAAAUACCCGAGAGGCAUCACAUGUAACAAUGAAGGUGAGCUCUUGAUUGUGGACAGCGAAAAACACAAGCUGACAAUACUCGAUCCAGAAUCAGGAAAAGUCAUCAAAACCAUUCAAGGCAAAGAUGAUGAUGGAUGUGAUUAUUUCACAGAUGCUUACUAUAUCACAACAAAUAUCAAUGAUAUUGUGAUUGUCACAGAUUGGGCUGCACCAAACAUCAAGCGAUGGUCAAUACAUGACCAAAUAUGGCACAUACGGCAUCAGAGAUGAUCAAGUAUUACAACCCUAUGGUGUUGUAACUGAUGCAUUUGGUUAUAU